CUUAUAAUAAUUUUACAGCCAGACGCGUGGCGAAAGAUUGAUGGUACUGCGAGCAGUGGUUGCCGGCUAAGUUUUCUCCAGUAACUGUCAAUGAGAAUCAUCAGUUGGAAGUCGACGAAGUUGAUCCACUCCCCUUCCAUUCCUACAAUUACACUGAAGGGGACAACCUAAGCCCUAACCUGACCUGAAGAAGCGGACAACCUGAUGAAUCCUCCUCGUUCACUCUCCCGUCUGCAAAUACGAUGCCAGUGCCGCUCUUCAAAACGCUUAUCCAUUCCUUGCCGAACGUCACGACUUGUCCAAAGCUGAUCAUCAUCUCUCUCUAAAAAUUUCUCAUUUCUUCAUCUGUUUGGAGAGCCCAGAGAUGGAUCCAAACCCUCACAACUUCCCCAUUCUCCACUACGUUAUGGCCAAACUCCCCAGCAUUGGGCGCAAACACUCCCCUAAUUCUGAGAGUGACAUCGAACAACCGCCGGCGACGGAUUUGUCAGCUUCGAAAGAGACGUCGUUUGAGCUGACGGAGCGGAUGCCCCGCUUGUCGGACCCCAAACUCUUCGCCUCUAUGCGAUCGGCGGUCUCCGAGGUGGCGCAGACUCGAGCCGUGCUCAAGACCCUAGGUCACCGGCCGGAUCACGAGGCCGUAGACGCCGCCAAGGCCAAGCUCGCCGAGAUCGAGUCCAAGCUAUCGGAACAGCUUGAAGAUGUCACAUUGUCGGGGCAGCCAUCCGAAGAGGUCGAGCGGCGGGACGAGACGGUGUUGGAGGAGCAGAGGAAGGCUUUCAAGGCGGUGAUUUCGUUGGACGAAAUGCACGAGGAGUACGAGAAGCUGUUGCAUCAUGCGGAGGCCAAGUUGAUGAAGAUAUACGAGUCGGCUGUGCCCGGUCUUGGUGAGGAGGAGGAGGAGAAGGCGGAUGGGGAAAAUGGUUCCAAUGAGGUGGUGAAUGACGAGGUUGUGAGAAUUCUGCAAGAGGCGUCUGGGAAGGAGGUGGAGAGGAUCGAUCUUUCAGAGCAACAGCUGCGAUUGUUGCCGGAGGCCUUUGGGCAGAUUCGCGGAUUGGUUGUGCUUAAUCUCUCCUCCAAUCAACUUGAGCAACUCCCUGAUUCUAUUGGAGGUCUGGAAAAGCUUGAGGAGCUUAAUCUUGCUUCUAACCUUCUAGAGUAUCUGCCAGACUCCAUUGGACUGUUGCUUAAUUUGAAGUAUCUGAAUGUUUCUGGAAAUAAGCUUGUUUCCUUGCCUAACAGCAUUUGCCAUUGCAGGUCACUGGUGGAGUUAGAUGUUAGCUUCAAUAACCUGUCUUACUUGCCAACAAAUAUUGGGUAUGAACUUGUGAAUCUAAGAAGGCUUUCCAUCCCUCUGAACAAGAUCCGUUCUCUCCCCUCUUCUAUUGGCGAGAUGAGGUCUUUGAGCACUUUAGAUGCGCACUUCAAUGAGCUCUGCGGCCUGCCACUUGCCAUUGGGAGAUUGGCAAAUUUAGAAAUCCUCAAUCUGGCCAGUAAUUUUAGUGAUCUGAGAGAUCUUCCUGACGCAAUGGGCGAUUUAACCAAUUUGAAGGAACUUGACAUCAGCAACAACCAGAUCCGUGCUCUUCCUAAUACGUUUGGCUGGCUUGCCAACUUGACCAAGCUCAACUUGGAAGAAAACCCUAUUGAAAUUCCUCCCAAGGUGGUUGUCAGCCAAGGGGUUGAAGCUGUCAAGGCUUUUAUGGCUAGGAGGUGGCUUCACAUAUUAGAGGAGGAGGAGCGGAAGAGCAUGCUUGAAGCAGAAGAGCCGGACCAGACUGGUUGGCUAAGUCGCAGCACCUCCUGGUUGAAUAAUUUUGCUUCCAAUGUUUCUGGAACUGUUUCAGGGUAUUUAGCAAAAUCUCCUGCAGACCCUUAUCUCAACCAGCAGCUGUGAUUUGGUCCCCGUAGAGGUGACUUGGUUGAGCAUUCCUUCAUUCUGGUGGGAUGUGAAUCUGAUGAAGAUAUUGAAAAAAAUGGUGUUUGAUGGAGGUUAUAUUCUGUGUUGCCUUUCUGUUCAUGGCAAACUUUUCGAGAGGUGAUGAUCAAAUAACGUUCUUGUCACCACUCUAGCCAGAAUCCUGGGCAAUGUUUGUCAGUUUCAGGGAAAUGUAGUAGUAGUAGUAGGAGGGGGUUUACCGUCUUGUUUCUUUCAAAAGCUGCUUGGUAGUGGAAUAUGGUGCUGACAGCGUAGUAUUACCUCUUCUUCCAGUUCUUUAUCCCAUUUUAUUUUUCAAAGGAGAAGCUUCAAAGUCUGCAUUCUCAUGCCGCAGUGCUAGUUUAUGAUUUAUCUGCCCAUAUGGGAGAAAAGAUGACACAAUUUCAUCAAAACUUUCACAGGUGGUUGGUCCUAAAUCUUUAGUUAAUUCAAGGUGUGUUAUGUUGUUUUA